UUGAAAACUGAUGCAGAAUCUUUCAAAUAAAUCAUAUUUAUUAUUUUUUUUUCAGAGAAAAAUGUCUAAUAGAGAAUAUGAGAUAUCUACCCGGGCCUACUGUAAGAUGAUUAUGCAUAGCGCUAAAUAUCCUAACUCUAGUUUGAACGGUCUGCUCUUGGCCCGAAGAGAAGAUAUGAACCGUGGAAAGACUGUUCGGUUCUGUGACUCCAUACCUCUCUUUCAUAUUGCAGUUGGUCUAACUCCUAUGCUGGAGAUGGCGCUUGCUCAGGUUGAAACCGAGGUAGCUGAGUCAGGAUUGGUUAUAGCAGGUUUCUACCAUGCUCAUGAUAACAUCAAGGAUAAUCAUAUUGAUGUAUUCUCACAGAAAGUAGCAGAUAAGAUUCAAGAAAACCAACCUUCUGCCGUGCUUGUUACUCUGGAUAGUAAACGUCUUUCUUCAAACAUAGAAUCCGCAGGACUUAUUCUUUAUCAGAAUACAGACGGGAAAUGGAAGGAGGUUGAGCGGAGCGGAGUAAAACUAGAACAUGAAACUAUAUCUCUGGCUUGUGCUUCAGCUCUAGUACAGAAGAGGAUAUACAGAGAAAUUGUGGAUUUUGAUAAUCAUCUCGACGAUAUUUCUCAGGAUUAUCUGAAUGUAGAACUGAAUAUGCAGAUAGAUUCAUGUCUCUAGUUUCAGUCUACCCAGUGCAAUUCCUGGCAUUAUUCUCAGGAUAUCUUCUCCGAUACUCACCUAAACACAUUUUUAUUCUCAAUGUAUACAUAGAAACUAAGGUUUAACAACCUCCGAAAUUGCAUAGCUUCCAACACCCACCACCCAGUAUCUAUUUGCUUUGCAGCCUCUAGUACUACCUAAUACUACUCAGCCUCCAAUUCAUCUAGCCUCCAA